AUGACUCCCCAAAGACGACAAGUUCGAAAUAGAAGCUAUCUCCCGGGCCGAUACAACGCGAAUUCCCCGUACCACCCCUCCAACAUUCAAAACCCUGGUUACCAUCCCGCACUCGCAAAAAGAUGGAACUUAUUUCAUCAUGCGACAGAGGCGCCCGUCAAUGCCUCGUCAAGCCCUUCUCCAAGUCCUCCAAGUACUCCAACGACUCCUGAACAUCCUCAAAACGUCACCAACACUUCGAGUAGUGAAAAAUCCCUGAACACGUCGACAAGUGCACCCCUCACCCCAGCUAACGAGGACUAUAAUAUCCUGAACAUCCAGAGCCGCGAUGUCCCACCCUGGCAAGUACCUGAAGACUCAAACCUGCAGGACCCCCUCCCCCUUCACGAAAAUUACGGCAUGAGUGAAUUGGACUCUCCAGAUGACCACCAGCAAAACCUCGAUAUCGAUGAAAAUAAAAAUUUUAAAAAUUCAAUGAUGACGAGUUCCCUGGACUCUUCCUCGAAAUUCAAACGCGGAUUCAGAUUACUCCCAGUUUCCAAUAAUUUAUAUGUCCUGAAGCAAGAUCCCGAGAUAUCGGAAUUGCCAAAUACCAACGACAAUCAGAAAACUGGAGAUCUAAAGCGUUCAAACCCACAAUUUGAUGAUGGGACAGCGGAUUUAUUGUCAUUCAAAGCUCACAUGCACCAUAGAGUUGAAGAUAUUGGGAAGACAUUUUUGAACAAGGAGAUGAAGAAAGAUGUUUUAUCGUCAGGAAGUGAAUCAAUUGGAGACAGUUUGGAGUCACUAGAUUCAGAUGGUUUCCGGGGGACAGUGGGCGAGUCGUCAGCCCUCGGGCAGUAUCUGGAGAAUCCCAGUAUCGGUCUCGGGUUGAAUCAGCCUGUGGAUGCUCUUGAGAGUCAAGAUCCACUCCUAAGUCCUCUGGAGUCCGACCCCGAGAAUGUGAAGAUGUACGAGAAUCCGUACGCCUCGGUGGAUUCUCCAGGAUCCUACUCAGGGUUCGACCCAUACCAGCCACAUCCCCUACUCACCAAGAGCCUCUACCCUUCGGAUCCGAAUUAUCAAUCCAACUUUUACCCUCCACCGGCCAACCGAUGGCCUGAGAGCUACCUAAACCCACCAGGUCUGAACAGCUUUGACGACAUUAAUCAGCCGUACCUCGCUGAAACGUACAACAAUAUCAUGACAAACAGCGCUGAUGACCUCGACAGAGGGCCCCGAGGCGACCCUGAAGACGGCCACUUAGGAUAUCUGGACAACUACGCCAGAGCAGUGAACUCCAUCAAUAAUCACUGGAAUCUCGCCCAGGAAGCUAGUGAUGGGGCUGACUCCCCACCUGCCGACACUAUCAGAGAGACACUCGUUCCAGUCAAUGACCAAGCAGUAACUUCAGAGGCGCCGAGACCCGAAGAAGAUCCUGCUAAAACCAACGGGACAUCGUUAGCCAUGGUGAUAGAACCGUUGACAGCGCAACUCCAGAAGCUGCUCUCCUCAAUUCAACAGGUCAACGAAAGGCUAAUGAGUGAUCAGGAAAAUCAUGAGGCGCCCAGUGGAUUAGAUUCUCUUCGUCGGAAGCGAGGAGCUGAGAAAACAUCCGCCCCUGCUGACGAAUUUUAUGAUGAUCUCGAUGACGACUCGGAUGAUGAAGAGGAUGUACGUGAGGAACGAUCAGACGAUGACUAUCAGGACGAAUCCGUCUCAUCCUGUCCGCCUGGAUUGUCCAGAACUGGAAAAAGAUGUUCUCUGCAGAAAGAGGAAUAUCUAAGACCCGCGAAGAACGACGAGAAAUUUGGUCCCUCACCUGAAGACUCGCAAAAAGAUUCAGUCAACACUUCUCGCCCCUCAGGGAUUCAGAAGAGUAAAAAGGAAUCGAACAGUUCGAUCAUGUCCUUCCUCCAAAAGACCUUCGGUACGGAGAAAGACCAAUCCACUCAAGUUCCAUCGAGAAUCACCUGGAAGUCAAUGGGACUGACGACAGAUCUUGAAGAGACGACUGUGGACACAGCUUAUCGAGAGCACUUCGUUAAUCCUGGAUUCCUGAAUGAUGUUGGUGAAGCUGUGGGGGCGCAAUCCACUCUGAUAGUGUCUCAUGAGACCACACAGCCCCCCAUAACCUUCAGAGUUCCUCUUUAUCCUGAGGAGGAGCAGACAAGGCCGCCAGAAGUCCAAGAGAUAUUUAAAUCCAGUCCUGAAGUCACGAUUCCUCCAGUGACUUCACCUAAACCAUCGGGGACCACAAAAGAAAAUACUCAGAACGUUCCAGCGGUUCAGGUAACUCAGGGAAUUCCUGGAAUCGACCGAAAAAUGCCGGGAGGUUUGAAUUAUGACUCCAUGAAGUCUCUGGAGUCUUCUGCGGAUAUCAAGGGUCAGGUUGAUAGCACGGUACCUCCCGCGGGUGAUCUGGAGACAAUGAAGGUGGCUAUUGAACCCCUUCCAGGAUCUCCAAACGAUAACGGCAGCCUUUCGACCCAAUUACUAAGAACUAACUCGAAGGAUUUGCUGAUAAAGUUAUUAUCUCCUGAGAUAAUUCAAAAUAUAACAGACACUGGAAUAAUUGUUCGAGUUCCGGGAGAAGCGAAUCUAAAAAGAACGGAGUCCUCUACUUUUUCGUCAUCCAAGAGUACAGAUACUGUUCAGGGAAAUUCCUUGUGGCUUUUUGAAGGUCAAGGGCACAUAAACCAGCCGCAAGAUAAAAAAGCUGUGGAGAGCCGCUCGGAUGGAGAUGUUCGUGACAAGUCUGGGGGAAGUGAUGCGAUGGUAGCAGUCGGGGAUGAUGAUGAAGAGGCAGGUGAUACAAAAUUAACUAUUAGACUACGAUUACCAGCUCGAAGUCACCCAUCUGCUCACAGUAUCCAGAAAGCAGUGAGAUCCAUUGAUGAUAGAUUGAAUCAGAAAGGAGGGGACUUGGUCCAGAAGACUCUGACGAAGAGGUCGGAACCAGUGGAAUAUCCCGAUGAAGAGUAUGAGGAAGACUAUCAGAAUCUUGAGAAACGAAAUAUCGAUAAGAGAGGGAAUGACUAUCUAGACGAUUUUGAAGAGGACGAGGCGGAGUUCGAGGACUAUGAUGACGAGCAGCCUGAGGAGGACUACAAAAACGAAGUGAAGAGAUCUGGGGAGACGUCGGGGGUGAAUCAGAGCUCUCAGGGGAAUGUUCCGAAGAUAGUUCUGCGGUUGAAAUUUCCAGAGUCCUCGGAGGCGGCGUCGGAUGUCAUGAAGAGGUCUUCCUCGAGAGAUAAGGAGAAGAAGAAGCAACAGGUGAUGAAGAAGUCCCCGAAGCCAAAUACCAGGAUUGGAAGAUCCCUCAAGUGGGUAAUGGAGGAGCCGGGGGAAAGAGAGGGUCGCUUUUCACGGGAAGCAGAUGUUCUAAACAACCCUAACAUGAUGAGAGAUGCCUCAACAGCUCAGGAAGAAUUUGCGACAGCUCCGGUUGAAGCUACAGCUUAUCGUCAUCUUGUAGAGAUGAUGAAGGAUGUCACAGACUCUGGAAGCCAAUCAACGAGUUCAAUAGAGGUCUUUACUUCGGGUGAAUUCAGUAAAACUUCUUCAGGUGAGGACUUGAAUGGGGAGAGCAGCUCCAGCGAGAGCACCUCUUCUACUACAGAAGGUGAGGUGACUUCACCAGCUGAAACGACUGAAGAGUUUUCCACAACGACUGAGGUUCUAGGAACCUCUACAGAAGUAUCAUCAAUUUCUGAAACGUCUGCAUCAACAACGGCCGAUUCGGGAUUGACGGUUUCAACAUCUGAAGCAUCGACAACGUUGCAAAUGGAACUGACUCAUUCGAAGCCCUUGAAAGGGACCACAUCAGGGAAAAAAACCUCGCCUCCUGAAACUAGUUCUCUCUCAACAUCAACUGAUGAAGAAACAACUAGCGAAUCGAUCAGUGCCUCUUCCACUGAUGUUUCUUCUACUGAAAGUUCAAGCACUGAACUAUCCUCAACAUUAUCAGCUCUUCCAGGAGAAGGUGUGACGAAUGAAAAACUCUCUAACAAUUUGUUUCUCACAUCUAAAAUUCCCAAGGAUGUGAUGGAAGAGCUAGAAUUAAUGUCAACAGGAGAAAAAAAAAUUGGGAACCGUUGGCUGUCCUCGACAUCUGAGACAACAACCCUCUCUACAAUUAGACAAACCCUUUCUGAUUUUUUUUCAACACUGACCAAGACAACUUUGACCUCAACAGAAUCUUUUUUGGGCAAUGGUUCUUCAGAAGACCAACGAACAUCUGAAUUUAUGGCAUCAUCAACGAAUGAAGAUCUUGAGUCCACAUUAUCUGGAAAUAAAUCAGCUUCGGAAACUACUGAGGAAGUUUCGCCGACAGAGAAGAUCUCUCCAUUCGUUAAGAUCAAAACAUCGAGAAAAAAUUCUCGAAUAAGCACAACUUCACUUCAAACUCCCGAAUAUACAGACGAUGUUUCCGUUGAAGGGAAUAUUUCAGAAUCUUCUUCAACGUCGUUAAAAGACGAAUCAGCUGCUUCGGAAGGAGGAAUACAACACAAAGGAAAAAAGGGACAACCGCCCGCGUCAAGGAUUAAACCUACGAGCCCUUCUGCUCCUAAUUCCAACGUACCUUCAGAAGAUAGUGAAACAUCGGAAUAUAGUUCGACGGAAACAUCUACAGAAGAGAACAUCUCCUUGGAAACCUCCAGAUCAGCAAGUAUUUUGUCAGGGAAAGCUAAACAACAUCAUUCAACAUCUGAUUUCCUCCCGGAAUAUACAACAAGGGAAAUUUUAUCUUCAAUCGAAGGCCAACGGACUUCUGAACUUACUGAAGAGACAACUGCUGUCACUGACGGGACAACAGAAGCCAGUAGUACAAACAUUUCAGGGGAAAUGAGUUAUACUACUGAAAGUUCAACUUUAACGGAGUUAUCCACUCCAGAAGUUGAUUUGACUGGAGGAACAUCCGAGUCAGCGGCCUCUUCAUCAUCAUCUGGAGCGCAAAUGACUAGAAUAAAGACCCCUCCCUCAGGAAAAUUAAAAUCUUCAUCAAAGUUAUUUCAAUCCCCGACUUCGGAAGUUCCUUCGGAGUCUUCGGAAACUGAAUCUUCACCUUCAGCAGAAGAAGAAAGUUCCAGUAGUACUUUUGGCUCCUCUGCGUCUUCUGAAGUCCAUUCAUCAGCUGAACCAGAAUCAACUUCAGAAUAUUCCUCCGAGUUAACAUCCGUUACGAUAUCCCCAGGGACAGAGGAAUCUACUUCAACUUCAGAGGUUUCAGUAGAACUUGGUAGCACAGAAGGCACGUCAUCAGCACCAAAAGAAGUAACGACACAAGGCAAUGCUUUUGUCACAUCAAUAUCUACUGAAUUAGAAGAGGAGGAAAUGAGCAGCUCUGAAGGAAUUAGUACCGUAACAAAGGUAUUACAACUUCUACCGAAAAAAUCCACCCCAUCAACAUCAAAUAAAAUCUUGAAGUCUACUGGAACGUCUGAAGACACAGCAGCGAGCCCAGAAUCCCCUGCGUCUCCAUCUCUUCCAAAAUUCCAUAAAAAAAUUUCAAAAUUGCCUCAAUCCACUGAAGAAACUCCAGAGCCGUCCGAAAGGUCUUCAGGUUCUUUAGAAUCACAUAAAAAAACCUCAAAAAAAAAUACGGCAUUUACCGAAGAAAUGUCCGACUCCACUCUCACUUCCACUUCCCUGGGAGGAAUAUCCACUUCACCGAUGCCUUCUGAAGAAUUCUCGUCUACAACUUCAGAGAAAGUUCGUACGAUUAUUGAGUUUACUAGAACAACAGUGUCCGAGAGUACCUCUGAGUUUCCAACUGAAUCAUCUACGAGAGUUGAGAAGACUACUUCCACACAAGUCAGUCAUCCAUCAAGUUCUGUUCCAGAAGUGACGUUGAUGUCGACAAUCACCCCUUACACAACGUCAUCAACAGAAGAAACUGAGGACACUUCAUCAAAUAUUUCAGGUAUCGAAGAGCUUUCUUCAACUCAAUCCUUCGAAGCCAAAGAAAAAGUUGAAAUAACUUCAGAGCAAACGUCAGAAUCAUCUUCGACCUCAACGGAGUCCGGAGAAUGGGAGACAGAGUUUUUUUUCAGCGAGACACCAGCAGAAUUUGAAGUACCUACUUCAACCGAGGAAGACAUUUUCGAAGACUACGAGGACACUUCUACGACUGGUGAAGAGAAGCAGACGAAAGAGAGCAUCUCCAGUUCUUCCAGUUCAAAAAAAUCCUCGAUUUUCGGAUCCUCAACUUCAUCUACUACUGCAAAACUUGAAAAAACUAAGAGGCCACAACAAAUUGCCGAAGAAACUUCCAAUUUCCAAGGAAUGACUGAAUUAGCUUCCACAUCGUUGAAUGAAAUGACCCCAUCGAUCACAGAAGUCUCAUCUUCAUCUUCAGAUCUCUCUAAAGAGUCGACGGAGGUUUGGAGUUCGCCUUCAAUUGAAACUUCCGAAGCGACGAUGGACAUGACAGUCAGUCUCCCUCCAGAAGAAACGGUGAAUUUCACCGGGAGUGAAGAAAUGGCUUCCACUUCAUUUAAUGAAACGACAUCAGUUCCGGAGAAAUCGACUGAAACUUCAGCAGAAGAAUCUCCUUCAAGUGAAGAACCAUCGGAAUCGGAAUUCACUUCCUCGACCGGGAAUAUGGAGAGCUCAACGACUGGUAAAUCACUAGAGACCUCGAUCAAAUUAAAAUCUUCAUCAGUUCCAUCUUCACUACCGAUUUCUGAAGUUUCUUCCGAGUCUACGGAAGCCUGGAGUUCGUCAUCAAGUGAACCUUCAGAAGUGACUGGAGAGACAAUGGAAAACAGCAGUAACGAAACUCCGGAAGAAACGGCGAAUUUUACGGAAAGUGUAGAACUAUCUUCCACUUCUUCGUGGUCUGAAAGUUCUAGUUCAGUUACAGAAGUGUCAGCCGAAACUUCUAUUGAACACUUCACUUCAAGUCCAGAAAUGUGGGAGUCAGGAUCUACUUCUCCAGCAACAGCCACUUCUGAAUUGUUAACUACAAUAAAAGCCUUCGAAACAACGGAAAAAUCAAUAUUUUCAUCAGUGACAUUCUCAUCUCCAACUUCUGAAGGUUCGACGGAGUCUACAAAUGUGGGGAGUUCUUCGUCAGCCGCAACCUCGGGAUUAACAGAAGAGAUAACGACGAUCAUCAGUGUUCAAACUUCUGAGGAAAUGUCAAAUUUUACGCGAAGUUUACCCUCAAGUUCCACUACCUCAUCGUUUGAAACUUCGGUUUCGACUGCGGAACAAUCAAACCAAACUUCUACGGAAGGAUUGACAUCAGCUGAAGAAACUGUUGCUUCAGUGUCUUCUUCUUCUACUACAAAAGGAGAGAUUUUAAAAUCUCAAACUGCUUCUACAGAACCUGGCAGCGAAGAAAUAACAGAAACCAUAAUUCCUGAAACUCCUGAAGAACCAAUGCACUCCACAGGGAGUUCAGAAACAACUUCAAUCCCGUCAACGGUUGGGGUGUCCAUCUCGACUCUAAGUACAGAAGAAUCGAUGCCAACCUCGACGGAAGAAGUUUCUUCAAGUGAAGAAGCUUUUUCAAGUGAAGAAGCUUCUGAAGUCGGUUCCACCUCUUCAUCUGCUCAAUCAAAGCCGAUGAAAACUACAAAGGCUCCAAAAAUUCCGGAGAAAUCAACUUCUUCUUUCCUUCCCUCCUCAGGAAGUACAAUCUUAGCUGAAAACGAAACGACUUCUGAAGUGACGACUCCUGAAACUUCAGAGGGAUUCACGACAGUCACCGAAAGGUUGUCAUCUUCUAUGAUUUCUUUAUCGAGUGAAACGGUAAUGUCAACCUCAGGAGAAUUAUUCCAAACCCCUACCUCUCAGUUUACUUUGAGGGAAGAGACCUCCGAGUCCGCUCCAAGUUAUUUGUCCACUACCUCAUCCUCUUCAAUUUCUGACAUUUCUCCGAAGUCUGAACAAAUCGAUACUCUUUUCCCUACACUUCAAACAAUUUCAAGUCCUCCGGCAACGUCAAUCAUCACUGAAGAAAAAUUUGACCUCGAAACUUGGUCACCAACUGAACCAUCUCACGUUGAAAAAACGACUCAUGAGCAGUUGACUACCGAAAAGACGGAAAUCGAAGAUUACGAAUCAGAAAUCGAGACUGAAACGGGUCUUCCUGAAGAAUAUGGCUCUGAGGAAGAAUCGGGCAGUGGCCAGUUGACUGAUUUUUUUGAGUACACGGACGAAGGCCUCACACAACCUUGGGGAACGUCGUCUUCACAGACUACGGCCCCUCCGACUUCUGAACAAUCAACUCAGAGUUCACCAACAACUGAGUCUGUUCAAAGUUCGCAGAUCGUUGUGGAGGUCUCAGAGGCGUUACCCACUACUCCUGGAGGUCUGUUAGCAUCGUCAGAACCACCUCCGAAGACGUCCGAAAUUCUCACGCCUCCAGCAUCAACAUCUGAGCUUUUCCCAAGUUCUGAAACGACUCCGGAGACGCUCACCACUUUGGAAAGCAGCUCAGGGAUAUCCCAAACAACUUCCGAAUUUUUUACGACCCCUGGAACAACCCCUGAGCUCAUUCACAGGCCUGAAAGUACCCAAGAGACUCCCACAACAUCGAAAAGCAGUUCAGAGGUGUCUCCAACGACUUCGAAAUUUUUUAUAACGACUUUACCUACUUCUGAGCUUUCUCAAAAUGUUGAAACGACCCUGGAAGUGCUCACAACUCCGGAACUCUCCUCACAAACUUGGGAAACUUCCACCUCCUCAUAUUCAACCCCAGAAAUAUCAACAUCUCCCUUUCCAUGGGAAACCCCAGAGUCAACUGAGCAACUGACCAGUAUCAUAACGGAAUACGAGUCGACUCCAUUCAUUACAACUCUAGCACAUGAAGAAGGAAUUACUGAACGAACGACCCAAGUGUUCACUUUAGGAGAUACUGAAGGCAUCGAGUUGACCGAAUCUCUACCCGACUUCGAGGAAGGAUCAACCACUCCAGGAUUUGGAGAGAAAGAGAUCAAAGUGGAGUCAACCACAGAAUUUGUGAUGAACAUCACCAUGCCCACGUUCCUGGAACGCCCUGAAGAGCCUAGCGAGGAUUAUGAUGAAGAAUUUUCAGUCCCCGAGGUCGAGACGACCCUCUCGUUCGCUAGUUCGAUGGAGACUGUUAUUCCCCAAGACUUUUCGACAGAGAGUGAGUCUGCAGUGAGAACUCCCUCGCAGGAACUGGAGGCGUCAACAAAAUUUGGUCCAGGAACAGAGAUCAUUGUGUCGUCUGUAUUUCCAAGCGAGUCUACGAAGCCAUUAGCGACUGUAGAGGAUUUUUUUUCAGUGGAAACGACAACUUCAGGGUUUAUGGAAGAUACUCAGUCAGCGUCUUCAAUAGAACCUCUUGAAACCAGCUCUGAGGAGGGUCUUUUUAUUAGUUCUGAAGAGCCGAUGAGCAUGAUCACUUUCGCGGAGCCAACGUCUGGUAUUUCUAGUGUGUCUUCCACUGAAGAAUAUGAAACAUCGUCUUCAAGAUUCUUGGAGACCCUCGUGACGGCAUCUCAUAAGCUCUCGUCAUUGUUUCCGAUGUUUUCUUCAGCUUCAGCAUCAACAAUUACUGAAGAAGAAACAUCUCAUGGAGAAAUAACAGAAAAUACAAGAGAAGAAGCAUCAGAAAGGACAGAGGAAGAAUCAUCGUCUGAAGAAACAUCAGAAAGCACCGUUGAAGAAUCCUCACCUGAAGACACAUCCGGAAAUACAGAAGAAGAGGAAUCCCAUGAAGAGGAAGUUCCGAAAACGCCGGAGACACCGAUGAAUGAUGAAGAUCAAUUGAAAAACGCGGAGAGAGAACAGUUAGAGCGUCGUAGGAAACUCGAACAAAAGAUGAAAGAUCUGGAAGAGAAAGAAAAAGCUCUAUUAGAACGUGAAGCUGAGCUGCGUCGUCGUCAGGAAGAGUGGGAGCGUGAAAAAUUACGUCGUCAGCAAGAGAAGGAACGCCUCGAGGAGGAAAAACGUCAGAAAAUGCUGACAACAAUCAGAACCACUACAACCACCACCGAAAUCCCCACAACGACCAUUGACUACGAGAAGUUGAAGGAACUCGAAGAAAUGAGGCAGAAACAAGCGGAAUUGGAAGACGAACUUGACCAGAUGGAGAAGGACAUAGAUCAGAAGGAGCAGGAGCUUGAGGAGAGGGAGAAGGCCCUGGAGGAGGAAGAGAAAAAACACGAGCAGGAGAGGAAGGAAUUCGAGGACAUGUGGAAUGAAGAGAAGGAGCUCGAGGAGAAGGAGAAGGAGCUGAAAGACAAGGAGAAAAAAUUACUGGAAAAAUCAUCAUCAACUCCGAACGAAUUUUCCACAACCGGUGAGGAAAGUGCAUCAACGGUGAAGUUCUCCAGCACUGAAGGAUCCUCAUCCUCUGAUGGACUUGAAACAUCACUUCCACGGGGUGAGGGCGAUGAACAGGCGGACGUGUCAUCAGGCGACUAUGUCUUCGAUGAAAACGAAGAGGUGUGGAAGGAGAGACCGCCUUCCGACACCGAGAGGAAAUCUGAAGAGGAGUACGCAGGUGGCUGUUCCAGUCCAGAGCCACCAGAUGCUCCAGAAUCAAGAGUUCCUGAAAACGACGAAGUGGAGUCCGAGAAGAAAGCAGUACCCGAGGAAAGCAAACGCCUGACCGAGUCGCCUGACGCAUUUACGAAAAAAUAUUGUCUUCAUGUUCUAGACGAGGCGAUUGAUCCCAGAAAGAUUGACACCGACAAAUACGUCACUGAAGUCAUGUGCAUGCCUAACUUCAAGCAGCUGCGGAAACAGCGAAAACGAGCACAAAACCGAAAUGCUCAACGGCGAAGACUGAUGAGCAUCCAGCAAUCGGCCACGAUCCCAGUGGAUAUUGAGUUUAAAGUGAAGAAGAGAUCUAAAGACAUCAUUCAUGACUUGAAGAUCAAGCCGAUAGCAUCUCUUGACCUGAUGCAUGACGAGUGGUUGCACAAUGACACAACGAUGCGUCUCCACACACCUGUUGGCUUCACCAGGGUCUACGAAAGCUGGUCAAGAGUUCCCAUUGAGCCCUUCACCUUCAUGGAGGACUUCACUAGGAAAGGAUUUCCCGUUAGAGACGAGACCUUCAUGAGGAGUAAUUUUAAGGUCAACAAGUUUGAUCAGAGAAUUCAACCGACGCAGGUGAACAGAUUGACGAAUGAUGAGUGGGUGGAGGUUCCUGUUGAAAGAGAUCGAUUGACAGAUAAGUCUGCACCUGAUGAAGAUGAAGAACAGGAUGAGGAAGGAGAUAAUAAAGAAGAGAGUGGGACGAGGAAUGAGAAAGAAGACCAGGGAAUGCGGAAGAGAAAAGUACGAGGGGAUGACGAGGACGAUGACUCCGGAGUACCAACCGAAUUUCCUCCGGAGUACGAGGAGAAUUGUCUUCUUCAACAGCAGGAGCGCCUACAAAAUGAACGCUCGGAUCUCGAGGACGAGGAGGAAGAUCGGAACGAUGAAGAACAAGUCUUUGUAGAGCCGGAGGAGAACAGUGGAGGAGACAAUGGAAACGAAGGAGCAGUUGACGUUGAAGAUGGGAAUGAUGAGAGCACUAUUUCACCACCAGAUAAUGGAGACGAUUCUGAAGAUGCCAUCAGCGAGAAUUUGUCAGAAAAUAAUGGUGGAACCACAGAGGGUUUCGAGAGCAAUCGAGAACCAGAUGAUCAUGAAAAAAAUAUUUCUGAAGAUAAUUACAACGAAAAAGAAUCUGAAGAUCUGGAUAAUGCUCAUUCUAAUGGUUCUGAAAGUACUGGAGUAAUAUCCGGAACAUCUCCACUUCCUGCUCCAGAAAUAACAAGUUCCCCUAUCCUCUCAUUGACGACUUCAGAGCCAUCAUUACCAAUGUCUUCUUCCAAAGCCUCUCACCAAUCCCAGACGACUCCGUCUCUUCCACUAACUACAGAAGGUGAUUAUGGAGACGUUGAGUACGUGACAGAUGAUUCUCUUGAACCGCCUGAGGACUACCCGGAUCAGGAGGAGGACAUUCCUGAAAAUGGCUGGGAGGAUUACGUUGACGAGUCCGAAAGCAAAGGUGAUAUGAAAAAACGCGAGAGAACUCUGCGAAGCUCUCUGCAGUCCCUGAUAAACACCAAAAAAAUGCUGAUGGAUAAAAAAAAGUCCUUAUUACGUCGUGAAAACUUGUUGAAGCAAAAAGAGAACAUCCUGAAGCAGUCAGAGGCCGGCCUGGAACACUUGAAAGCCAAGAGGUCCAGAAGAAAGACAAGAAAAACUCGCAAGCAGGUGACAUCGUGGCCGACCGAGGGCACCGGCAGGUAUCACCUGGGAGGCUUCGAAAAGUGGCAAUCAGGACUUCUUGAAGAUGUUCCCCAGGAAUUUCGGAAGAACAAACAGACCUUCACAGUCAACGUUCUCCAAUUAGACUAUGACGAAGAGGAGGAGAACCACAAGUUGAAGUGCAAUGAACCAGAUAAAAGUGAUCUCAUUAUCAAUCAGGGAUUGGUGACCAAAAAAAUUGAGGACACGACGUUGAAGGGGACCUCAGUGAAUGCUGAACACGUAACGAAUGACUACAAACUUCGUUACGACCCGAAUGCCGAGGCAGAAGUCAUUGCUAACGAGAAGUCGUCAGGUACUCCUGGGGCAGAUGGAGACCUAGCGAAAGGGAGGAAACAAUCGAAGAAGACGACCAGGAGUCGAAAGCCACCUGGUACGCAAUGGCCUACGGAGAUGACGACGGUGUUUCAUGUGGGUGGGACGAAAUUUUGGGACAAAGAACGAACUGCUAUUCCGGACGAUAACAGUUUCAGGCGGAGAAAUGUCAGAGGCUUGAAUUACUACGAAAAUAAUGAAGAGGGUGAGACGUUAGACGACGGGGAUGAACGCGAGGAAUACGCUGAUGAUGUUGGGACCACUUGCAUGAGACUGCUCCUCAGAAAAGAGGAUGCUAAAAUGUGGGGGCAGAAGAGGGAUGCCGAGGAGCAGAUACAAGCACCUGAGGAUGAUUAUUACGAUGACCUGAUGCCACUGAAGCCUAAAUUAAGGACCAUCAAGUCCAUAACUCAGUUAUCGGCUGACGAGGCUCCUAAAGACGUUGAAAGAAACUCCAAGAAAGUGCGGAGAUCAGAAGACACAGGGGUGCUGUUAGAUUCUCCUGAGCUGAUGACUCUUCCGGAGUAUCAGGAGGCAGUGAAACUCGAAGAUGUACCUAUACAAUCUAAAGCACCAGGUCUGGAUGUGAAGAAUCUACCGGUGUUGAUCAAAGUGAAUAACACUAAGGUGAUUAGAAUGACCAAUUUCGAUCGCCCACCGAAGGAACUCUAUGUCAUGUACAGAUGUGGACCUCCGGAGGUGGUCGCUGUAUUCGAUCCAAACACCGAUCUUCCUGAAGUAGGAAAAUUAGAUCUCCCUGCGAUUCCCCCAACCCCUGCCAGCCAGGUCUUGAAUAGUCAAAACCGCAGGGAAAAUUAUAAACUCAAGUACAAAACAAUUUUUCCCUUCGAUCGUGCUCAACUUUCAGAAGUUACAGCUUCUCCGAUUUCGGCGCACAUUCAUGGAGAGGUGAAUCCUUCCUCAGGGUUAUCGAAAAGGCACUCAAGGAAAAAAAAGAAGAGGAGAAAAGGUAGGAGGAAGGAUCACAAGCGACGCAAGAAGCCCCGCAACCCCUGGAGGAGAAGGCAGACCUUCAGUUUGUCUGAGGAUCUCCCUCCCGGGAACCUUUUGAAUACCUCACACCAAGUAUCCUCCACUCCACACGAGAGAUUUGGAAGGUCCUUGCUGUCCCUGCAGGGGUCCAAACGAAGAGCGAAAGUAUUGAAACACCAUAAGAAGUCUCAUCACCCCAGGAAGCCAAAGCCCAAGGGGCAGAAAACCAAGAAAGUCCACAAGCGGGAAACUCUUCCUUCGGUGCACAAUCCCCAAGGCUCCAGUCAACCGCAGGGUACCCCUCAGAUGAUAAACAACGUCCUGGGGAUUGUCAAACCCCCGAACCCUAAUCUUCCCCACAAAUCUAAAAGCCCUAGAAGCAUCCUCGACAAGAUGAAGCAGGUCAUCAAUAACGUUAUGGGCAACGACAGCUCCCACACUCCUGAGCCCAAUGUCAACAUCAACCCAGAUGAAGAGGAGGCAGAUGACGGGUAUACCGAGAUUGUCCACCAGUCGGCGGCCAGAUUCAUGCCGACGGAAGACGUUUCACCGUCUCAUCAUCACAGCGGUCGAAGGCACCACAGGAAAAAGCAUCGGCAUCAUCAAGCGGCCCAUUCCCCGCAUCAUCAUUCUCACUCGUAUCAGCAUCAUCACCAACAUCACCACGAGCACGAGCCCAAUCACGCGAAAAGUCACUCGAAAUUUCAUCACAAAAGUGAAUCCCACUCGCAUCUUUCAAGAGAGACGGGUCAUGGUGAAUCCUCGGAAAGCAGAAGAGAUGAUGACCAUAAAUCAUCAUCGCCGAAGGUUUCCUUCACCAAACACAAGCCCUCAGCUUCUCGGGAUGUGCUAAAACCCGUGAGGGUCACUCAGAACGGCCAGAAGCCUCUCAACAUCAGCGGCAUAAUUCCGACGGUCAAAAAUUUGGUGGAGAAUCAGAAUCUGGGGAGUUUGGAGAAGAUAAUCGUUUACGUCGACAAGACGGAGGGGUUGAGGAAGAAGAAACGCAGAACCGACAAGUUUCCCGUCAAGAUGACGGUUGAACAGCCUGAGAAGAAGAAGAGAGGGGCGAAGAGGUCAAAAUCACCCAACAAAUCGAAUCUGGAGGAAGUGUCCUUCGACGGUGAAAGUUUGGACGAGAUGAUAUCCCACGUGGCUGAUAAAAUCCUAACUUCAGUAUCCGGAUCAUCUCUUCAUGAUCUAGAUCCUCAUCUGUCUGUCAAGGUCAUUCAGGAGGUGCCUGACGGCGCAGGUGAGGCCCAUGAGGAGACAAAAUCCGAGUUCUCGAUCAACUUAUUGGAUACGAAUAUAAAAAAACCGGAACAAUCCCGGAAGAAGAGUUCGAGGUCAAGUAAGACAUCUUCGUCAGCUCGUCUGACUUCGGUCUCCAGCCAACGGAAGAUGAACCUGAAGGGGACUGCGGGAAAGAAGCGGAACCUGUGGAAGAGUAAAAUCAAGAGGGAGAGCAUCAUCGAGGAGAUCACGAAGAAACUAGAGAAGGAGUUGAGGAAAAAAUUAAGUAGAACGCGAAGACGAGUCUCGGUGGAGAGUGUGGAAGACUCGGGGAAGCCUCUGCCGCAUCACCUGGACGACUUAGAUGAGAAAAUCCGAAUUCUCUACGGGAUGCAUCACAGGAAGGAUGCGAAGGGCGGAGGGAUAAAUAAGAAGAAGAAGAGGAGACAGAAAAAUCACAAAAGGUCCAAGAGGGAAGACGACUGGAGAUUGGACCACCUUGACUCCAAUAUUUUCGCCACUGAGAAUGACAAAAAAUCGUUGAGGGGUUUGAUAGAGCAGAUCAUCAAUCUUCAGAAGAACGUCAACACAACCCUGCAGAUAAUCAGGAAACGAUUAGACGAAUCUCCUGAUAUUAUAGCUCGGAAUCUGACACGACGAAUGAUCACAAACUCUUCUUCAGGAAAAAGCAAACGACAACCUCAUAAAAAAUCUCAAAAACAGAAUCCGAAAAAAGAUAAGGGUAAGAAGAAAAGCUCUAAGACAAAGACGACAAAAAAACCCACACCCAAGCCUGAAAGAAAAACUGACAAACCCAAGAAGAAGACACAUCAGAAAACAAAGGCCCCAGGUUCUAAAAAAAAACUUGACAUAAGUUACGGUGACGCCCAGAUAGACAAAAUCGGUAACGAGAUUCAGGAGAUUCUGAAGGAGGAGGGAGAGGGGAAGAUGUCUAAUAAAAAAAAGAAAACGAAUCGGCGGAAAAGUCGAACGCUCAAGGAAAUCCCUGAGGACGAUUGGGAUACCCUAAAAAUCGGUCGUCAUCUUUGCUCGAAGGAUAUUCACGAUCAGAAGAGAAAAUCGGUGCGAAAGACGUCUAAAUCAUCGUCUAAAAAAAGUCACUUGACACAGAAAAAAAAAUCGAACGCCAAAAAAUCGACGUCAACAUCAAAAAAAGUGAACAGAAAUUCUAAACGAAUUGUUGAACACGAAAAUAAAAAUAUUGGUCAGGUGAUACAUGCGAAUUCAUCUCUAAACCCCCACACAUCGAUCGGAAAUGCAUUACUAACCGGUCAUUUCGGCUCUAAUCGUUCUGACAACUGUGAGGGAUGUCUCUGUGACCUGGAGGAUGUUGUCUCGAACCUCCGCAAGAUGCUUCUAAUGAGGAACGACCUCCUGGACAGAAUAUCGACGUACAGCUGCCAGAAAUUCAUCCGAAUCGGUGAUGAAUUGAUUCUGACGUCCUCCGGAGUUCUAGGAGAUGUUCUUCCGAGGUCUCGUAGGCAGAUUGCUGAAGCCAAGGGCCUGAAAUACAUCAAACCCGGGGACCUAGAGGAUCUACUCCAGGGCGACGAGGUCAGGGAUCAUGAACAUGAAAUCCUGUCCUUUCCCGGAUCAGACCUGAAUAUUCCCUGCAAUCGUGAGGGGGAGGAAAUUACCUGGGUCAUGAGCAUCAGUCGACCUAAUUAUACAUGGACCAGGGUGGAUAGCUCUCCUAUUUCUGGAACCAUCCGGAAAAACGGAAACCUCGAACUAUACGAUGUUGAUGCAAAAGACGCUGGGAAUUACUCCUGCAUCGUGACGUACAUUGACCCAGACAACGAGGAGCUAGUGGAGAACAUCUACCAGCACACCAUCCAAAUUGUGACCCUUCCUCGUUACUCCCUGCGAGGGGGAAACCGUUACAAGAUGGAGAUCUGCGAAGAACCAGAGCUAGACAUUUUGUCUGUCUAUUUGCCCUCGAAACUCAAUGAGGUCCUCUGCAAGAACUCCAUCUGUGACGCAUUUAUCUUCGCCCCGCACUGUCACAGUCAUCAAGUGUCCAUCCGAGUACUCGUUGUGCCCACCAAUCCCUCAAAAUUAUUCCCCAUUAGUUCAUCGCAAUGUGGUCUGCGAUGUCGGAAGGCUGUGCAGGACAAAUUGGCAUUUUUGCUGAGUCAAAAUCUGCGAAUUAUUCUGAGAAAAACGAUUGUUUUUAGGUUGCCCAAUCGUCUCCAGGACAAGCUCGUGCCAAUCGAGAGUAGAUUGGUGGAUUUUGAAGGGGCAAGAGGGAGAAGAGCUUAUGAUAGAGCCAAGAGAAAGGACAGGGGUGAUGCUGAUGGUGAAGUUGGACUUCUUGUUGGGUGUCCUGCUGGAUACGGCCUUGAUAAUAGUCAUUGUGUUCCUUGUUCACCACAUUACCACAGCCAGGAUCUAUCGGCGAGGUGCAAAAGAUGUCCUCUGGGGACCCACCAGCCUAGCAUUGGCUCCAGAGUGUGCAGAUCUUGCACGAAUCCUUUCGUAGAUGGAUGUUAUGAUAUGCUCUGGACGACAUCAUCGAUCCUCCUGACCCUCCUCGCCUCCCUCGUAGCAGUGAUUCUAGUCUGUUUGAUCGUCCUUUGGACCGUUUGCUGUGGAAAACGUCGGAAGCCCGAGAAUUUUUUGACGAAUGAGACCGAGAAGUCGAUAAAAGAGCCCCUAAUUCCCCCCCUAGACAGUCAAUCGGACCUCGAGGAGCUCCUCUGGGAGAGGCCCAGGAAAAAGAAAAAAAAAUUGGUGAAACGCUUCCUCAGGGCCAAGGACGAGGACCAGCCCCUCGUCUAUGGAAUUAAUCUUUUGCCGAAGAAAAAAACUGAAAAAGGUCGGGAGAAAGUUAAGACAAUCCCCGUCUGCUGUAUCGACUCUUACAGAUCUCACGGGGGCCACUGCCCAGAGUGCAAACAUCCUUACGUUACUAAUCAUGGAACCAGAAAGGCCCAUGGGAGGCCCCCAGUGCCUUUCCCUGAUUUUGACAGGUGACAGAAAAUUAAUCGAGAGUUGAAGAAAAAAUACUUCUCAGUGAGAAAAAUUUCUGAAUGACUCAGAAUUAGAAUCCCAAUAAUUGACAUUCCGAGGGAAAUUGCAGCACUUCCGAUAUCUUUGCAUUCUUUUAGAGAAGUUUUUAUGUAAAGAUAUUUCGUGCUGAGGGGCAUCCGGAGAAAUGCAGAGACUUGAGGAGUUCAUUUAGGAUUAUUUUUAUGUCCAAGAAUUUUAGGUUUUCAUAUUUUUUAUAUAGGUGUUCAGUAAACGAGGUACUGAAGGAACUACUUUUAUGAAAUUGGGGGCUGUACUUUUGUAAGGAUAUUAGGAGAUAGUGAGGAUUUUUUUACUGAAUAAAAAGUUCAAGUUUUAUUAUCUUUGAGAAUUUAUCGCCGGCCCUGUGACACUGAUUUAUUUAGUACUUGGUAUAUACAUGGUAGGAGAGUGUGAUGAGCUAGAGGGCACUUUCUUAUAGACUAUUCCAGUGGGAAUUACCUGGAAGAGAAGGAAAAAUUCCCUGGACAUUAUUUUAACCAAAACAUCCAUAAUAUUUGUUCGUCAUACUCUACUGGAAAAGAUAUAGAACUUACAAGUUACUUAAGCAUCUGGUGGCGAACGAUGAGGAAAGGUGUAGCAAAUCCACUUCCAAAGUACAAGAUGAAGUAGAGUGUCAACUUGUACCUGUUAUUAAUUGAGAAGGGCAAAUUCUGGAACAAAACAAGUGAAGAAAAA